CCCUCCCCCUUCUCCCUCUCUCCUGUCCCACUGGCUCUCCCUUAGAGGCCUGAAAUUCUAGGGUUUCAGAAAUUCAGGGUUUCUCGAUCCGCGCUCUCGAAAGACCUUCAGUCGUAAUGGGCUCCGCGUCCAAGGUCUCUUCGGAUCUCUUUUUCCAGCGGAGGAUUCCAAAGUUUUGAUUCCCGAAUUUUAUGGAUUUUUGUUUCUGAAAGUAGUUUUUUUUCCCCAAAAUCUUUUCUUUGAUCGCGAGAGAGAGUGCGUGAGGGGGAUGAGCGAGAACCCUAGCCAGCCGGCCGACGUGAAGCCGUUGGCCGGAGGUCUUUACCCGGCCCAUCCGGCCCCCGCGCAUCCCGCCGUGCUCAUCCCGGGGCGGAUCGACGAAGUACCCGGCGGGGGUGGAGGGGGCGGUGCCGAGGGUCAGUUGAUUGUGGCCGCCGACGCCCAGGCCAUCCAGCGGUACGCGGCGGAGCGGGACCAGCACAAUGGCGGCGAUGGGGACGGGAUGGAGGAGGAUCACGAUGGGGCCGUGGAGGGGGAAGGGAUGGAAGGCGACGUGCCCUCGGACCACGCCAAUCUGGGGGAUCCUCAUGAGGUGGUCGCGCCUCAGGUUCCGGGGAAUCAGCUAACCCUCUCGUUUCAGGGGGAGGUCUAUGUGUUCGACUCUGUCUCCCCGGAAAAGGUUCAAGCUGUUCUUUUGUUACUUGGAGGGCGUGAGAUAAACACGGGCUUGGCCUCGAUUCCAUCUUCUUCAAAUCCAUAUAACAAGCGUUCGAAUUUUCCUCAGCGAGUUGCUUCAUUGAUGAGGUUCCGAGAGAAGAGGAAAGAACGUAAUUUUGACAAGAAGAUACGUUACAAUGUCCGCAAAGAGGUUGCUCUCAGGAUGCAGCGGAAUAGGGGUCAGUUCACAUCCUCAAAAUCAAAGCCUGAAGAUGUGACUGCAGGUGCUACAAGUUUGGAUGCCACCCAACGAUGGGGUUCUGUGGAAGGUCGACCAGAAUCAUCUGCCACAUGCCAUCACUGUGGCACCAGCUCCAGGGCUACACCAAUGAUGCGCCGUGGACCUGAUGGACCAAGGACUUUAUGCAACGCUUGUGGGCUUAUGUGGGCAAAUAAGGGUACAAUGAGGGACCUAUCAAAAAAUCCACCUGCAGCCAUUCAGAAUGCCUCAUCGGAGCCAAAGGAAAGGAAUGGAACCAGCUCAGUAGUAGGCGAGCAGCAGCCUCUUGCAGUUACAGCUAAUGGUCAUGGUUCAUCAUCGUGAGAGGAUCCUGGUUUGAGAGAUGGCUAUUGAUGGUGGGACGUACCCGUUGCCGGGUUUCCAAGAACUUGCCACAUUUUACAUAGAUGCCUGUACUAUAUGUUAUUAGAGAAUCAGAUACAAAUUUUUCUUUCUUUUUCGGGCUCUUGGCGAUGCUUUCAGUCGAUGUUCCAAUGCUUUAGUUACCUUGGAGUCUCGCACAUUGUUGCCCGGUAAAGGGGAAACCUAUGUUUGUGUCUGUAUUAGAUUUUCUGCAGACUUUUGCAGUGCUGUCUGAGAAUGCUAGCCAGUACCUGUCUGUGUUGCAAUGCAAGACAGGGAUUUUUUUUCUUCUUCACUUUAGUUAAUUAUUAAAAAAAUGGAAUGGUUAUCUGACU